CGGAUCCUCUCUUCACCACAUCGCUGUUUGGUCUGGCAGGAGAGACUGCUUCUCUCUUUUUUCUUUUUCUUUCUUUUUCUAUGAACCUUGGAUAAAGUGAACUAUUCGGCUCGCAAACCGAAUUGAAUCCUCUCUGGGACUCGCUGAACCCGCGAUUAUGAUCAUUUAAGCUCGGAAUGGAUUUUUGGGUCAUUUAGAAAAGUGCUUUAUUAAAGUGUUCAGGCUUUCGGAUCCUUGUUGUUUUCUCGCACUCUUUUUUUUCUUUUUCAUUGAGUGAUUUGCACCAGUGGUCAUCCCCAGGCAUGGGCAUGCACGCAGGUACAGGUACGGCUUUUUUGCUUUGCCUCGUGCUGAAUUUCUUCAGCAUUCAUGCUUUUUCAAGAGCAGAGAGCUCGAGCUUCUGCAGGAUCACCCGCAGCUCGAGCCGGGGCGCGCGCAGAGAAGGGCACAAUGAAUACCGUCUCCGGGUGGAAGGAGAUCCCCAAACCUAUCAGGCUGGAAGCACUUACAGAGUGAGUUUAUACGCCUCCAGUCCCUCAUACUUCCGAGGUUUCACUCUGAUUGCUCUGAAGGAAGGAAGAGAAGGAAGCAGCCCCGAUGAUUAUGCUGGUCAUUUCGAGAUCAUAGAUAAAGAAGACUCUCAGUUCAUGAGCAACUGUCCCCCUGCCGUCACAGAGACCAUUCCUCGGAGACGCUCACGGAUCCAGGUGUUCUGGACGGCGCCCCCUUCAGGCAGCGGAUGCGUGAUACUCAAGGUGAGCGUGGUACAGAGGAAGAUAAUAUCCUUCCAGGAUGAGGGCUCUCUCACUAGGAGGCUGUGCGAGAAAGAUCCUCUGAGAACCACAGAGAAGCCUCUGCAGGAGUGCUGCGCCUGUGGAACGGCCAAGUACCGGCUCACCUUUUACGGGAACUGGAGCGAGAAAAUGCAUCCCAAGGAUUAUCCCCGCCGAGCCAAUCACUGGUCAGCUCUGAUUGGUGCCUCUCACACCAGGAAUUACGUGCUGUGGGAGUACGGAGGAUACGCCAGCGAGGGGGUACGCCAGGUCGCCGAGCUCGGCUCGCCCGUCAAAAUGGAGGAAGAGAUCCGUCAGAAGGGUGAUGACGUAAUGACGGUGAUCAAGACGAAAGCUCAGUGGCCGGCCUGGCAGCCUCUUAAUAUCCGUGCCGCUCCCUCGGCCGAGUUCUCCGUGGACCGAUCCCGUCACCUCAUGUCGUUUCUGACCAUGCUCGGUCCUAGUCCUGACUGGAACGUUGGCCUGAGCGCUGAAGAUCUGUGCACGUCUGAGUGUGGCUGGGUUCAGAGACUCACUAAAGACCUGCUGCCGUGGGACGCCGGGACAGACAGUGGACACAGCUACGAGUCCCCCAACAAACCAACGGUCCCUCAAGAACGCAUUCGGCCCCUGACCAGCCUCGAUCACCCUCAGAGCCCCUUCUAUGACCCUUCAGGAGGCCCGAUAACACCUCUGGCGCGAGUGCUGGUGGAGAGGAUCGCCAGGAAGGGAGAGCAGUGCAACACGGUUCCUGACACGGUGGACGAUAUUGUAGCUGACAUACCCCCGGAGAAGCCCGAGGAGGGAGACAACACUCCGGAGACGUGUAUCUACUCGAACUGGUCUCCGUGGUCAGCGUGCAGCUCAUCCACCUGUGCGAAGGGUUUACGCAUGAGGCAGAGGAUGCUGAAGGCUCAGCUGGACGCCGGCGUACCGUGCCCUCACACACAGGACUUCGAGCCUUGUAUGGCACCCGGCUGUAUCGAAGAGGAGGCGUCUCCGUGCAUGCUGUCCGAGUGGAUCAGCUGGUCUCCGUGCAGCGCCACGUGCGGGAUGGGCAUGAGAUCCAGAGAGCGCUACGUUAAAGUGUUUCCUGAGGACGGCUCCAGCUGCAGGGAACCCACGGAGGAAACAGAGAAGUGUGUGGUCAACGAGGACUGCUCCCCCAGUAGCUGUAUCGUGACGGAGUGGGCCGACUGGGAGCCGUGCAGCGUGAGCUGCGGAGUAGGGAUGAAGAAGAGGGCAAGGAUGAUGAAGAUGCCCGCAUCUGACGGCUCCGAGUGCCAAGCCGAUCUUAUGGAGGUGGACAAGUGCAUGAUGCCCGAGUGUAAUGCCUUGUCCUGUAUGGUAUCAGAGUGGUCAGACUGGGGUCACUGCAGUGUGACGUGUGGGGUAGGAAUGCACGUGAGGCGGCGCAUGCUGAAGACCCCAGCGCUGCCCGGCCAGUGUCCAGAACAGCUGGAGCAAGCGGAGAAGUGCAUGAUGCCCGAGUGUCCUGUGGACUGUAUGAUGUCCGAGUGGACCGAGUGGACCGAGUGUAAUAAGUCCUGCGGGAAGGGUCACAUGAUCCGAACCCGCAUGGUGAAGUUAGAGCCACAGUUCGGCGGAAUCCAGUGUCCUGAAACCAUACAGAGGAAGAAGUGUAAGAUCAGGAAGUGCACACGGGGCCCGCGGGCCAGCGACCGCAAAAAAGCCAAGCAGGACGCCACAGAGAGGCGGAGACUUAAAGUGGGACGGGGUUCUUCCUGGACAAAUGAGGAGAUACCAGCAGGUUGCAAACUAGGCCCAUGGUCCAGCUGGGCGGACUGUACCAAGCAGUGCGACGGGGGUAUCCAGCAGCGUGUGAGGCCUGUGAGGAAGAAAGACAAAGGCAAAUGCAGGCCCCUGAAAGAGAACCGUGUGUGCAAUGAGCAGCCCUGCUAAAGAACUCUACAUUUCUUCGACACAGACACGACACAAACGUACAAACACAAACCCACACAAACAGAGGCGCGGCACGUGAGGAGCGUGAGGUCUUUUUCCAGACUGGAUAGAUGACGUGUAAAGAUUUUAGCAUAGUACACACGGUUAGAGAAGACCACACAGAUGUCUGUGAUUAGUUUUAGUUGCCUUUUCAGCAGCUAUAUGUAUUACUAUCUAACCAACCAAUUCACAAUAACUUCACCACACACAGCUUGGCUUUCUCUCCUGGAUGCUAUCCGCCAUUUAUUUUUUUUUUACAUUAUUUUUGAACCCUGUCUCACUUCACAUUUACUGUACAGUUGAUAUUAAAGUGUGCUUUUCACACAGUAAAUCAUCAUUUGCCCAUUUACGCAGACAGCAUUGCAGUGCUGAAAGGGCUAAAUUCUCAUCUUAAUCUUGCGUAGAUCUAGCCUAAAUAUCAUUAGAAAGAAAAAAACUAAACUCCCAGGACACUACCAUGGGUCCAGACUGCUCUUUUAACUAUACAUAAACAGUACUAAAUAAUCCAUAGUAUGACAUGAUAGAGUAAAAUAUAAUACAAGGAUUGAACAAAACACAUUAUUUUACUGUAACAUCAAAGCGAUUAUAUUUCUCUUCAACCUCAGCAUUUUUCCAUUUAUAAUUACAGUGAAUGCCAAACAAGUCAUUUCCUGUUGUCACUUAUCUUUUAACAGCUAUUGUGUAAAGUCAUACUCUCACCACUUGCUUUUUUUUCUCUCUCUCUCUUUCUCUUUCUCUCUCACACACAUUCUCUCUCUCUCACUCUCUCUAUAUGAGUUUAAAAAAAACCCACACAUUUCUAGCAUUCGGCAGACUGCCUUAUCCCAAGCAACUUACAAUUUAUCUCAUUUUAUCCAACUGAGGGUUGGGGGCCUUGCUCAGGGGCCCAGCAGUGGCAGUUUGGUGGACCUGGAAUUCGAACUCACAGCCUUUUGAUCAGUAGUCUGAUGCCUUAACCAUGAAGGUUACAAAGAAAAUCCUCUAUUCUAAACUGUUAAAAAGCCCUGACUCUGAGACUGGAGACUCCUUCCAAACACACUAACUAGAUAUCACCUUUUGACCCCCCAAUAUAAGAAAUGUCAAGUAAAACUGAUGAGACACUUUAAGACCCGUUUUUAUAUCUUCAUCAGUGUUGGUAAAGGUUGCGCUUUAGUCUUUGUAAACAUACCAGACACGACCAGUCCCAACCGUCACCCCACAAAGAUUUCACUCAGACUUUACAGCAUUGUUAAGUCAUUAAGUCACCCAAUGCCACAUUUAGUGCUUGACCAGUCCUAAUGAGGACCUUUUAAACCCCAAGACCACAUGAGGUACCAACAUAGGCUUCACCAAAUGACGAGGAGUAACUCCCAAAAUAAUCAGGUUACAUUGCACAUUAAAUGAAAGACACCUUAAGAACCAUUUGGGUCAUGGCUUCAUCACUGAUUCUGUUCUCCCAACAGACCUGUACACCUCGAUUGGCUAUAAUAUCGCAAAGGGUUAUGGGAAAAUGUUGAGUUAGCAAGUUUUGGUUUGUUUUUUUUGUUUUUUUUUAUUCCCAGGGGAAACAUGGACUCAAAUGAGGACAGACCGUCCACCAGUACACCAUUUAGGAGAAUCUGAGAAUAGUCCUGUAGCAUCAUCGCUGCCAGAUAUGGACCAAUCCGAAAUCAGCAGGUUUCGGUCAUUUUUUUCUUUUCGAGUUUUUACAGUCAGGAUAUAGUUUCAGCAAAAUGACAAGCGCAGCAUUAAACUCUUGUCGGUCAAGGACAUCAGGCAGGAUUUGCAUUUCAAUCGCUCCCCCACACAGCCACUUGUCUCAUCCCCGCCUCUAAUCCGAGGUGAGCGCCGCCACAUUAAGCCUCCUCUAUUGAGCACUAUCAAGGUGGGUCACCCACGAUCGAUGAGCGAUCGAUCUGGACAGUGACCAUCUGCCGAGGAGGGAUCGAUUUUCUCCUGUCACUACAAAGCAGUUUCGUCAUAUCAUCUCAAAGACUCACAGCUGACAGUUUUUUCUCUUUUUUUUGUGGUUCAAAGCUGAAAACUAUAUAAUAAUAGCACUUGGAUGGUUCAAACAUGAUACUGCUGAACAGAAAGCACAGGUAAGAACAACCAUUCCAAGACAUGUAUAAAAAAAUGUUAAUUUUAGCCUGGAAAUAGCUUGUUGUGACCUUUUUAAUCUGCCGUAAUCCAUGUAGAGGCACAGUAACUCAGCCGUAGGAAGUAGAGUGCAGUAUUCAUUUUAGACACUUUAUAACUUUUACUGUGGAAUUUUGAUAUUACUCAACACCCAGGACUUGCCAAGGUCAUGUGUAGAUCUCUCUCUCUCUCUCUCUCUCUCUCUCUCUCUCUUUCUGUCACACACAAUCUAUUUCUGUGUUUUUUUCCCCUUUCUCCUCUACAAUAUAUUACUAUUUUGGAAUAAAUCACCUUUACAAUAAAAGUAAAUGUGACAAA